AUGACUGACGACAUAGACGUUGAGGCGAUGCUUGAGGACCAUUACGCUCGGGAGGGCUACUCGAAGUCCAAUGGUCAUCGAAGACGUGGUCGUUCACGUUCCAGGGAUCGAAGUAGAAGACAUAAGUCGCGCAGCAGAAGCAAAGAACGUCGACGGGAUAAAAAUCUUGAAUCCGACCGGGGACGACAUGAACGCCGCCAUAGUUCGCGUGACCGGGAUCGACAUAGGUCUAGUAGAGAUGACCACAGAUCGUCGCGGACUGAAAGACGUCAGAAAUCUCCUGAACUUAGUCCAGAAGAGCGAGACGCACGGACUGUGUUCGUUUGGCAGCUGUCUGCGCGCAUUCGACAACGAGAUUUGGAGGACUUCUUCACUUCAGUGGGUAAAAUCAGAGAUGUUCGUCUAAUCAUGGACAACAAAACCAAAAGAUCAAAAGGCAUAGCCUAUGUUGAAUUCCGUGAAGUAGAGUCAGCUCAGCUGGCCCUUGGACUUACCGGCACUCGCUUAUUAGGCGUUCCAAUUCAGAUCCAACAAAGCCAUGCUGAGAAGAAUCGGGUAAGCGCUACUCCCUCAUUGCCUCGGCCGUCGCAACAGAACAGGGGGCCGAUGAAAUUAUACAUAGGUUCUUUGCAUUACAACAUCACUGAAGAAAUGUUAAAAGGUAUAUUUGAGCCAUUUGGAAAGAUAGAGGAUAUAAAAUUAAUCAAGGACCCUACUACCAAUCGUUCGCAAGGUUAUGGCUUCGUAACGUACGUUAAUAGUGAUGACGCUAAAAAAGCACUGGAUCAAUUAAACGGGUUUGAGUUGGCUGGCCGACCAAUGAAAGUGAAUCAUGUAACCGAACGCAGUGAGUAUGCUUGUCUAAGCGCUUUAGACAACGAUGAGGCUGACCGUUCAGGCGUUGAUCUAGGCACCACUGGGAGAUUGGCUUUGAUGGCAAAACUCGCUGAAGGCACUGGCUUAGAGAUCCCCAAAGCUGCCCUUGCUCAACUACAUAUCGGGCAAAACAACCCGAUACUGGGUUCAGCUGGAAGUGUUAGUUCAUCAUCCGCAAUUGCUCCUCCCGUGUGCACACAAUGCUUUAUGUUAUCCAAUAUGUUUGAUCCACAUGUUGCUACUCAUUCGGUUUUCGAAGAAAUACGCGACGAUGUUAUUGAGGAAUGUACCAAGGCCGGCGGAUGUCUUCACAUUUUUGUUGAUCGCACCAGUGCCCAAGGAAAUGUUUACGUCAAAUGUCCUAGUAUAGCAGUUGCAACUCAAUGCGUAAACAUGUUACAUGGUCGCUAUUUCUCCGGACGGUUGAUUACUGCAGCCUACGUUCCUUUAAUAAAUUAUCACCAACUCUUCCCAGAUUCCGUAACUGCGAAAACACUAUUGCAUCCUUCAAGUUGA